AUGGUCGCCUCCUUCAACGAGGAGCUCUUGGGCUGGUACCUCAUCACCCUCAGGCUCAGGCAGGCCAUGGAAGCCGGCCUACCCAGACCCCCCUGGCAAAAGAAGGCGGAGUUGCAGUGGGCCGUUACCAUAAUCGGAAACCUUGAACAGGCGAGGAAGGUCGAGUCCUCCCGCCCCUGGGCCAAGAUCUCCAUCUACCGCGUGCCCAUCUCGCUCAGGGGGAGCGAAGACGAGUGCCACUACACCCCCAUGACCGUCUCCAUCGGGCCCUUCCACCGUGGGGCGAAGCAGCAGCUGCGGGCCAUGGAGCUCCACAAAUGGCGGGCCCUGCAGAUGGUCCUCCGCCGCAGCGGGCACCACGCCGGCCUGUACUUCGACGCCGCGCGGGCCCUGGAGCGCCGCGCGCGCGCCUGCUACGAGGGUGGCGGUGCGCCCCUCUCGGCAGAGCAGUUCGCGGAAGCAAUGGUGCUCGACGGGCUCUUCAUGCUCGAGCUAUUCCGCGGCGUUGCCGCCGCGGGGGGCUUCGAGGCGCUGGGCUACUCCCCGCACGACCCCGUCUUCGCCAUGAACGCUACCAUGCGCGCGGCUCAGCGCGACAUGCUCCUGCUCGAGAACCAGAUCCCCAUGUUCGUCCUCGACCGCCUGCUCGGCCUGCAGCUCGGGGAACCAGCGCAGCGUGGCAUGGCGGCGCUCCUAGCAGCCCGCUUCUUCUCCCUCCUCUCCCCCACCGGCGGCGGCAGCGGCGACAUCGCCUUCGACCCUCUUCCCCACCGGGGGCUGCACUGCCUGGACUUCCUCCGGCGGAGCUUGCUGCGGACGGGUGGCGGCGCCUCCGGCGACGGGCGGAAGCAGCAGAUGGUGCCCUGCGUCACCGAGCUGAAGAAGGCCGGCGUGAGCGUCCGGCGGAGGAAGGGCCGCUUCUGGGACAUCAGAUUCAGCAACGGGGUGCUGCAGAUCCCUCGCCUGCUGGUGCACGACUGCACGAGGUCACUCUUCCUCAACCUCAUCGCUUUCGAGCAGUGCCACCUGCAAGAAGCCAGGGGGCACAUCACCGCCUACGUCGUCUUCAUGGACAACCUGAUAAACUCCGGCGAGGACGUGGGGUUCCUGCACCAGCGGGGAGUGCUGGAGCAUUCGCUGGGGAGCGACGAGGAGGUCGCCGGACUCGUCAACCGGCUCUGCCGGGGGGUCACCGUCGACGGCGGCUACCUGGCGGCGCUCUCGGCGGAGCUGAACCGGCACUGCGGCCGCCGGUGGAACGUGUGGAGGGCCACUCUCUGGCACCACUACUUCAGCAGCCCCUGGGCCAUCAUCUCCUUCGUCGCCGCCGUCCUGCUCCUCAUUCUCACCUUCCUGCAGACCUUCUACGGCGUCUACUCCUACUACAGAGGUCAAUGA